AUGUCGAAACGUCUAUUUCUAAAAAUUGUUAGCGACGUGGAAGCGAACGACUCGUGGUUUCAAGAGGCCUUCGAUACGCGAGGUAGGAAGGGCUUUACGCCGUUGCAAAAGGUUACAUCGGCUAUUAAACAGCUCGCAACUGGUAGCAUUCCAGACGAGAACGACGAGUACUUGCAUAUGGCCGAAAGAACUUCCCGCGAGUGCCUAGAUAUUUUUGCGACACGGUUUGCAAAAUAUACGCUCCGGAGUUCUUUCGUAGACCGAGAAGCCAUGACAUGGCACUUUUAUACGAAGCUCAUGAGGAAAAGCAUCACCUUCCAGGUAUGUUCGGUAGCCUUGAUUGCACCCAUUUCGUUUGGCGAAUGUGUCCCACAGAGUAUUGAGGCCAGUUCACAAAACGAUAUCAAUGUGCUACAACAAUCCCCGUUAUUUUUAACGGAACGAAAUGGAACCGCGCCAAAAUGUCCAUUUUACGUUAACAACCAUUUAUACAAACGUGGUUAUUUGCUCAUGGAUGGAGUCUACCCCACAUGGUCCGUGUUUGUGAAAUUGAUCCCCUACCCUCACGAAGUAGACGAAAAGAAGUUCAAGAAGCAACACGAGGCGGCAAGAAAAUACGUCGAACGGGCUUUUGGUGUUUUGAAGUCGAAAUGGGGUGUAUUGAAUCGGCCGAUGCGAGCAAGUAGCGUUAGAAAAAUUACGAAUGUGGUGUACACAUGUAUUAUUUUACACAACAUGAUUUUAAAAGACGACGGAAACGCGAUAGCACCGGUACACAUUCGGGAUCCUCCGGUCGAGCCCGCUCUAGACGAUGCGGUGUUGGACGAGCUGAUGGAUGAAGACACGCAUUGGAGACUAAAACACGAUCUCAUGAAUCAUCUCGCAAGUCAAGAUUUACCCCUCCUUUUGAUCGAUUCCGACAAAGACUAG